UCAUAAUAUCGAAUUUUUGUUGUUCUUACUUUCAAAUUUUCAUCGUACUAAGAAUAGCAAUACUUUUAGUUGCGUUUGUAAUUAUACAAUUAGUAAUUACCAUUAUUGUUUAUUAUUCCGUUAUUUUCAAGGCCCAAUGACUGGUUCUUACAGUAUAUAUAUAGGUGUAAUGAUAUUUUCCCCUUCUCAAAAUCAAAAGUAUUGGUAGUUAUUGUUUAUUUCAUAUUUUUUUUUAUUUUAAUUGCUCCAAUUUUUAACGAAGACAGUCUUAUAUCUACAAAUACGAAAUGGGUGGUAAAUACAAGGAAAAGCUGGAAAAAGAACAUAUAAAAAAGAAUCGUAUAUCAAAAAAAUCAAAGAUAUCACGUAGUUGUUUAUCAUAUGUAAUUUCAUUUUUUCGAUUUAUCUAUGACAUUAUUGUUUCAUUUAUAUUUGAUUAUAUCUACAAAAAUACUCCUCCAAAAAUAUUGCCUCCAGUAGAAGAUCAGUUGGUACUUGAUAGCUGUAUAACUAUUGUCAACAAGAUAAAAAAUAGAGAAGUCACUUGUCGCCAUAUUGUUGAAUGUUUUAUUAAAAGAAUUAAACAAGUGAACCUAAUUUUAAAUGCUGUAGUUGACACUCGUUUUGACAAAGCAUUAUCUGAAGCUGAUGAAUAUGAUAAACUUAUUGAAUUAGCUGAUACUGAAGAUAAAAUGAAUUUAAUUUUUGAUGGAAAACCAUUAUUUGGUGUUCCAUUUACAUCUAAAGAAAGUACAGGAGCCAAUGGAAUGGCUUGGACUUUUGGUCUGUUAUCAAGAACUGGUAUAAAGUGUAAUGAAGAUGCAGAAGUUGUUAAAUCAUUGAAGACUGCUGGUGCUAUACUCUUAGGCGUCACAAAUGUCCCAGAAUUAAACUUAUGGUGUGAAACUAGAAAUAAAGUUUAUGGACAAACAAAUAAUCCAUUUAACACAAAUUAUUCAGCAGGAGGAUCUUCUGGAGGAGAAGCUUGUAUAGUAUCAGCUUGUGGUAGUCCUUUGGGUCUAGGAACAGAUAUUGGCGGAUCUGCACGUAUUCCAGCAUUCAAUUGUGGUAUAUUUGGACACAAGUUGACAACAGGUCUUAUAAAUACAAAAGGUAUGACAUUUAGAAAAGGAACAGAAAAACAUACUAUGGUCAGUGCAGGACCACUGACUAGAUAUGCUGAAGAUUUAAUACCAACAAUUAAAGCAUUAAUUGGACCUGAAAAAUCUUUAGAAUUGAAAAUUGGUCAAGAGGUUGAAUUGUCAAGUUUGAAGUAUUAUUAUGUUGAUGAACCUAAUGAUAAACGAGUAAGUCCUAUUAGUGAUGAAUUAAAAAUUGCUUUAGAACUUGUUUUAAAUUCAAUAACUUCUAUCACUGAACUGCCACCACUUAAAGUCAAAUUAUCUAGUAUACGUUACAGCUAUAGUUUAUGGAGAUACUGGAUGACAAAAGAAGAAGGAACAGAUUUUGCUACAGCUUUAGGAAAUAAUCAAAAAAGAGUUUCUGUAUGGUUAGAAGUCCCCAAAUUUAUUGUUGGAAGUUCAAAUCAUACCUUAGCUGCAAUAUUGAAAUUAAUAGAUAUGGAAUUACCAAAAGUAAAUUCUACUUGGGCUAAUGCUGAAACUGAAAAACUUUCAAAUGAAAUAUCAACUUUAUUAGGUGAUGAUGGUGUAUUAUUUUUUCCUUCAUCGCCAACUACUGUCAAACGUCAUUAUGAACCUUUUUUACAUCCAUACAAUUUUUCAUAUUGGGCGAUUUUCAACGUUUUAAAGUUACCAGUCACACAAGUGCCACUUGGUCUAAAUAAAGAUGGUUUACCAUUAGGAAUUCAGGUGGUUGCUGGAAAGAAUCAAGAUAGAUUGUGCAUAGCUAUUGCAAAAUACUUACAACAAACAUUUGGUGGGUGGAAGCCUCCUUUUACUAAAAUUACAAACUAAAUUUUAGAUGGCUUGAAUAAAUGAUUUUAUUUUUGGUAACAGAAAAUAUUUUUAGUUUAUGGUUGAACAAAUAAACGUUAAUUAUAUACAUUUUUAUAUUGUUUUGGUUAUAAGGUGCGACUGUAAUGAAUUUAGACAAAUAAGACUUAUUUAAACUAUUUUGUGAUGAUAUAUAUAUACAUUUUU